CAAAUAAACAAACAACACAAAACAAAACAGAAACUAUCAUGAAUUCGAUUAUAAAUUUCAUAUCAAACUUUAUUAAAAUGAUAUUAAUUCCUUAUAUAUAAUGAAUAUAAAUUAUGAAUUAUAUAUAUAUAUAUAUAUAUGUUUUAAUGAUCUUAAUUCUAAUUAUAAGUAAACAAGAUAAAUCACAGACAAUAACUAUCAAUUAAAAAUCAAUCAAUCAAUUAAAAAUCAAUUAAUCAAUCAAUCAAUCAAUCAAUGAAUUGAUCAAUCAAUUAAAAGACAAUGAAUUAUAGUUAUGUCAUUUCAAAUCAUAAUAAUUUAUUAAAACAAUCAUUAAUUAUUAAUAUAACUUUAUAUGAUUAUUUAUGUAAAUAUUUUCUUAUAUGGUAUUUACCCAUAGUAAUAACAUUUGGAUUUUUUGGAUCAAUAUUUUGUUUAUUAUUUUUAUUAUAUUCUAAAAUAUUUUCAUCUAAUUUAUUAAUAUGGUUAAUAAGUAUUUGUAUUAGUGAUUUUUUAAUAUUAAUAACUGAAGGUAUAUGGAUGUUAUUAAAAAUAUGGUAUAAAAUUGAUAUUAGAGAUUAUAAUAAUUGGUUAUGUAUUAUUCAUACAAGUUUAUCAAAUUAUUUAUUAUAUUGGUCAGCAUAUAUGCAAUGUAUUUUAUCAAUACAACGUUGUUAUCUUGUAUUAUAUCCAUUAAAAAUUAAAUCAAAAUGGAUUUCAUUAACAAAAUUAUUUAUUUAUCAAAUUAUUAUAUCGAUUUUAUUAAUUAUACCAAUACUUCCAUAUCCAUUAUAUUGGCAAAUUAUUAAUAAUGAUUGUGAUCCAAUUAAUGAAAAAAUAUUUCGUUUAACAACAUUAUGUGAUUUAAUAUUUUGGGGAUUAAUACCAGUAUUUGUUAUGACUACAUGUACAGGAAUUAUUUGUCGUAAUUUAUUAGCAAGAAAUAAGCUUACAAAUAAAACGAUUCAAUCUAAAAUGAAAAUGAAUCAAUCUAAUAAUCAUAAUCAUAAUAAUUAUUAUUGUUCAUCUCAUACAACGAGAAAUAUCAGUGAUUUAUGUAAAAUUCAUUAUCCAGAAGACAGUGAAAUACAUAUACAUAAUGAAAAGAAAUCAUGUUGUUCAGAAAGUUUAAUAUCAAAUCAAGAAAGUAUAUUGACUAUAAAUAAUCAGACAAUUCGUUCAAUGAAUGACAUUCGAACAACAUCAGAGUUAAAUAAACGUAAAUAUAUUACACAAGAUAGUCAUACACAUGUAACACCAUUAUUAUUAUGUAUGAAUUUUGUUUAUAUGGCUAGUGUAUGUCCAUUACUUAUUUAUUUUUUAUAUUUAAAUUUCAUUGUAGAUAGUAUUGAUAAUAAUAUGCAUAAAUUUCUAUACUACUUAUUUCGUAGUUUAUGCUUAUUGACUACAUGUACUAAUUGGAUAUUUUAUUGUGUUGCUGGUAAAAAAUUUCGUGAUCGUACAAAACAAUUAUUAUUAUCAUUAUGUAAUUCUAAUAAAAUUUCAUCCGUCAUUAAUGAAAAUGGUUUCUUAAUUAUUAAAUAUACUGAUAAGCAUAGGUGUUCAGUUUCAAAUAUAACAAGAACCAAAGGAUUAUCAUCAUCGGAUAAUUAAACAAUUCAAACAUUAUCAACCAAUUAUAUAUCAUUAUAAAAUUCAUGUUGAUUAAUCUAUAUAAUGCCUUGGAUCUCAAUAAUGAAUGAUCCUAACUAUUAUUUCCAUACAACAAAUAACUUAAAUAAGCCAUUUGUGAUUCAUUUUGUAGAAAAAGAAAAUUAUUGUAUCACUUCUUAUUCAUUUAAUUGUCGUGAAAUACGUAAGAAAUUGCUUCGUUUUUCUCAAUUGAUAUUAAUUAUUGAAAACAUCCAAUUAAGUUUGUCAAUCAUUUCACUGUUACAUUUAUAUUAGUUCAGAAUCAGAAUAACUUUUUCUUUUAUUUUUUUUUAAAGUUACAUUUCGUAUUGUCAUUCGUUUAGUUAAAAUAUAAAUUCAUCAAAUAGCCAUACCGGAACAUUAAUAUUGAAGAGAAUAGACAAAACAAUUCAUUCUUUGAACGUCUGUGUUUGUCUGUACAAAAAGAGUGAAUCAUCAGAAAGGCUACAUCAAAUUUUCUACUGAGUUUCUGCAAUUGGUGCCACUGAUAAUAAUGCGUGAUGAUGAAUGAAUAAUGAAUUGACCAUGCACAUAAAUCACAUUCAGUCUAUAUAUUUAUACUGUAAUAUAUGUUCUCAUAAGUAUGCGUUUGAUUUUGUUUAAUAAUAUGCGUUUGUUUUCUUAAUGUAAAACUCAAUGGAUUUUAUUGUACGUGUGUUAACACUUCCUUACGUGUUUAAUUACGUUAAAUGGCUAUUCAUCUUGAUAAGCACUGAAUGUUACCAAACUCUCUUUUUAUCAUUGUGUGUAGCGUUUAAUUUACAUUUCCAUACUAAAAUGUUUGAAUUGACUUCA